AUGUCUUCUAUUUUCGGAUCCAGUAGUACCCGUUCAGACAAUAGAUUCUCGAACUUAAUGGUGAAUUUACCGCAGCAACAAUUGCAACAACAACAGUCAAAUUCGGCAUUUCCGCAUCAACAACCAGUCCAUGUUCCGGCAUUGAGUGCAGGAAAUGGUGCCCAAAGCUUUGAGCAAAAUCAAGAGACUUCCAAGUCAUCGUGGUUCAAUAAUCCUCGGAAACGUACGAUACCGCAAUCCAUCGUGAAACGAACCACCAAAUCGGAUCCAUCGGAAGCCAGUGGCGAACACGGGAACUCUUCUGCUAUACCAACAAAUGGAAGUGGUUUUGGAACCGUUACGUUUGGUACAAAACGGUCCACCGGCGAAUACAAUAAUUCUAACAAGAAAGCCCAUGAACUCAGAGAUUCCAUACCCAAUGCAAUUCUUAUUGACUCCAACGAAGCCCCGCCAACGAAAUCACUGUACGACUGGCAACGGGAAGACGAAUUCGGAUCCAUGUUGCCGGCUCAACAAUCCGAUGUUCCCUUGAACAGUCAUUCGUUAGGAGCAUUAAAGGGUACUUCGGACACCUCUGCUCUUCGUAACGUAUUUGAUAGGGAUGCCCAAGCUGAGCCAUCCAAGCAAUACAAGGGUGCAACGAAUGGCACUGGAGUCGCAGACACCACAAAGAGCGCCGAAAGUGCUGUGAUCGUGUUUGGAUACCCAGAGUCCAUUUCCAAUCAAAUCAUCAUCCAAUUUUCCAAGUUCGGAACUAUUCUAGAGGAUUUCGAAGUUUUGAGAGGCGCGUCAGGAAUCAAUGCAGCUACACUGAGACUCCGCAAUAAACACGCAAGCGAUGGUGGCAACCGUCGUAAAUAUCCAAUAUUUACGGGGGAUGGCUGGAUCAAGCUCACUUACGAUUCGGCCGCUUCAGCUCUGCGCGCCUUACAAGAGAAUGGUGUAGUAUAUGGAGGAUGUCUGAUCGGCUGCGUGCCCUACACUAAAAGUGCGGUAGAACAGUUAGCAUCUUGCACAAUCGAGAAAAGUGAUGAUAUUGGUAGUUUUAGUCCUGCUGCACAUGCUGUCCCAAACGGGGGUGUGAACAGUAUUCAAAUAGGGAAUGACUCACCAGCAAAACUGCAUGAUGUUCACGACAAUAACGCGCUUUAUUUGAAAUCUCAGAGGCUGGACAUGAAAGAUGGGAAAGGACUGUUUGUUAACAAUGGUCCAAGUGCCGUUCACGGGAAAAACUUUCUGCAGACCAUUGAGACCAAAAUACAAGACGAUCAGAAAAGGCGGACCAACGGCUCUAAUGGAGUCGUUAACAGAGUCAACAACUGGCUUUUUGGUUGGAACGACUUAUAG